AUGACCGGGGAUCUGGAAAGUCAGUUUACCUGCCCCUUUUGCAACCACGAGAAGUCGUGUGAUGUGAAAAUGGACAGAAGCCGGAAUACUGGAAUAAUAUCGUGCACAGUCUGUUUGGAGGAGUUCCAGACCCCCAUUACAUAUCUUUCAGAGCCAGUUGAUGUGUACAGCGACUGGAUAGAUGCCUGUGAAGCAGCCAAUCAAUAG